AUGGGAUCUCUGGAAUCUGGGAUUCCGGCGAAGCGAGAGCCCGCCGCCGCGAGAUGGGGAAGGCAACACCCGUUCUUGCAGAGAAACAGAUCGAGGCUCUCGAGAUUCUUCCUCUUCAAGAAGCUCAACUACAUCCAACUGAUCUGCACCAUGUGCGUCUUCUUCUUCUUCGUCGUCCUCUUCCAGAUGUUCCUCCCCGGUCUCGUCGUCGUCGUCGACAAAUCCGAUAAACCGCCGUGGAGGAGCAAGAAGAAGGAGCUUCUCCCACCUGAUUUGGUCGUUUUCGAGGAGAGUGGGGUUUUCGAUUUCGGCGAGGGUGUUAGAUUAGAGCCUACCAAGCUUCUGAUGAAAUUCCGGAGAGAUGCCACUCAAACUAGUACUAGUGAUGGUUUCAAUCUCACGACUAAUACGCAGCGUUUUGGAUUCCGUAAGCCGAAGCUAGCUCUGGUUUUUGCGGAUUUGUUAGCUGAUGCUGAACAGAUGAAAAUGGUGACUGUCUCCAAUGCGCUGCUAGAGAUUGGAUAUGCAAUUGAGGUGUACUCACUCGAAGACGGUCCAGUUCAUGGAGUUUGGCAGCAAAUGGGAGUUUCAGUCACUAUACUCGAGGCUAACCAUGCAUCAAGUUGUGUUAUCGACUGGCUCUCCUAUGAUGGCGUCAUUGUAAACUCUCUCGAAGCUAGGAGUGUGUUUGCUUGCUUCAUGCAAGAACCUUUCAAAUCUCUGCCUCUUGUUUGGGUCAUCAAUGAGAAAACUCUAGCUGUUCGGUCUAGACAGUAUAACUCAACAGGGCACACUGAACUCCUAACGGACUGGAAAAAGAUUUUCAGCCGGGCAUCGGUUGUGGUCUUCCAUGAUUAUCUCCUUCCGAUUCUCUACUCCGAGUUUGAUGCGGGCAACUUUUAUGUGAUUCCCGGAUCUCCUGAAGAAGUAUGGAAAGCAAAGACUCUGGACUUUCCACGGAAAGAUGACAUUGUCAUUUCCAUUGUGGGAAGUCAGUUCUUGUACAAAGGUCAAUGGCUUGAACAUGCUCUACUGCUUCAAGCUCUACGGCCGUUAUUUUCAGGCUAUAACACUGAAAGUUAUAAUUCCCAUCUCAAGAUCAUAGUUUUGGGUGGAGAGUCAGCUUCCAACUACAGCGUAGCUAUUGAGACAAUUUCCCAGAACUUGACAUAUCCAAAUGAUGCUGUGAAGCAUGUAAGCGUCGCUGGGAGUGUUGAUAAGAUACUGGAGAGUUCGGAUCUUGUCAUAUACGGAUCAUUUCUAGAGGAGCAAUCUUUUCCAGAAAUUUUGAUGAAGGCCAUGGCACUGGGGAAACCGAUAGUCGCACCGGACCUCUUGAAUAUUAAAAAACAUGUUGACGACAGGGUUACUGGGUAUCUCUUCCCCAAGAAGAAUCUUGAGAUUCUGUUGCAGAUUGUGCUUGAAGUGAUAACAGAAGGAAAAAUAUCUCCGUUGGCUCGGAAUAUUGGCUUGAUGGGGAAAUCAAUUGUUAAAAAUAUGAUGGCGUUGGAAACCAUUGAAGGCUAUGCGGUUCUACUAGAGAAUAUUCUCAAGUUAUCGUCAGAAGUUGCUUCUCCUAAGGAUAUACAGACAGUUCCUCCAAAACUGAGAGAAGGGUGGAGUUGGCAUCUGUUCGAAGCUCUCAUGAAUGCAUCGCCUGAUAAUAGAACAGCAAGAAGCUAUGAGUUCAUAGCGAAUGUUGAGGGACAUUGGAAUCAUACCUCAGGAGAAGCUACUACGAAAUUUGGGGUUGUUAAUGAUGAUUCAUUUGUAUAUGAAAUAUGGGAAGAUGAGAGAUAUCUCCAAGUGAUUAACAGUAAAAAAAGACAAGAAGACGAGGAGCUGAAAGGCAGAGCUUUGCAGUAUCAUGGGACAUGGGAGGAUGUAUAUAAAAACGCCAAAAGGGCAGACCGAAGUAAGAAUGACCUACACGAGAGAGAUGAAGGGGAGCUGCUGCGAACCGGUCAACCAUUAUGCAUAUAUGAACCCUAUUUUGGUGAAGGAACUUGGUCGUUUCUACAUCAAUACCCCCUCUAUCGUGGGGUGGGCAUGUCAGGUAAAGGAAGGAGACCUAGGAUGGAUGAUAUUGAUGCAUCAUCACGUCUUCCGCUUUUCAACAAUCCGUACUAUCGAGAUGCUAUUGGUGACUUUGGAGCAUUCUUUGCAAUUUCAAACAAGAUUGAUCGUUUACACAAGAAUUCAUGGAUAGGGUUUCAGUCCUGGAGAGCGACAGCCAGGAAGGAAUCUUUAUCAAGGAUUGCUGAGAACGCAUUACUUAAUGCUAUAAAAACACGGAAACACGGAGAUGCUUUGUAUUUUUGGGUUCGCAUGGACAAAGAUCCGAGGAAUCCUCUGCAGAAAUCCUUUUGGUCGUUCUGUGACUCCAUAAAUGCUGGGAACUGCAGGUUUGCUUACAAUGAAACUUUGAAGAAAAUGUACAGUGUCAAGAACAUAGACUCACUGCCUCCAAUGCCCGAGGAUGGGGAUACAUGGUCUGUGAUGCAGAGCUGGGCGUUGCCAACAAGGUCCUUCUUAGAGUUUGUCAUGUUUUCAAGGAUGUUUGUGGAUUCUUUGGAUGCACAGGUGUAUGAAGAGCAUCAUCGAACCAACCGUUGCUAUCUGAGUUUAACCAAAGACAAGCAUUGCUAUUCACGGUUACUCGAGCUUCUGGUGAACGUAUGGGCUUACCACAGCGCGAGACGCAUUGUCUACAUAGAUCCUGGGACUGGUGUGAUGCAGGAGCAACACAUACAGAAAGACAGGAGAGGGCAAAUGUGGGUGCAGUGGUUCGAGUACACAACUCUGAAAACAAUGGACGAGGAUCUAGCAGAGGAAGCAGACUCAGACCGUCGUGUGGGACACUGGAUAUGGCCAUGGACAGGUGAGGUGGUGUGGCGAGGUUCAUUAGAGAAAGAGAGGCAGAGGAAGAAUGUAGAGAAAGAAGAGAAGAAGAAGAGAAGUAAAGAUAAGCUGAACAGAAUGAGAAAUAGAAAUAGUCGCCAGAAAGUCAUUGGAAAAUAUGUAAAACCGCCGCCGGAUAACGAAACCGUUACCGGAAACUCCACUUUGUAAAACGGAGACGCAUGAUAAAAAAAAACAGAUUAAUGAUUUGUUUUGAGAGAUCAUUUGUAUAAAAGAAAUCUUAAUCAUUUACUCUCUCUUUGUUUUAA